AGCAGGCGCGCCGUUAUGAUCGAUGACUCUCGCUUGUUUAUUAAUGCCUGUGGAAGCGGUGACGUAAUUUUGACAGUGAAGUCUCGCUGUUUGAUUCGUACUCGUAAUCAGGACUUCGUGUCCGUGGAGAAACUGUAAUUCGUGUUUGUAAAGUACACCCAUCGUAAAUGUAUCAGUCAUAAACAAACAGAAAAACAAAAUGUCGUAUCUGUGUCUGUUCUAAUCGCAGAUUUUGGAAUUGCAGCCUCGUAAAAUUACGAGUACGCUCCGUUUUCCUUUACGAUUUUAUAAUUACGGAUGCGUGAAUUUUAUUUACGCACGAAAUAUUAAUGACAGUGAUUUUAUCACGAAAUAUUAAUGACAGUGAUUUUAUUCCAUAUGCACACAGCUGGACAUGCGGUGCGUUCAAGCCCUGUGCCAGACCACAUUGGUUUGAAUGCAAAACACAUGUCAGGCCACAUCAGGAAUAAUAAUCAGUUGCCUUCGCAUGCAAAAAGAGUUGCUUUUUCUUCAGAUGAAACUCUGCGCACCCAGACCUGGCAUCAUAGGACAUCACCAACUGGAACAAAUACACCUGUACCAUUAAAAACAUCAGAAAUCUCAAGAGCACCACAACACCAUAAGAUUACCAGCCAACCAGUGCCAAAACGACCAUCACCCAUUACAGCUACUGGAAAACCAGCCACAUCUGAGGAGAAACCGCAUGCUAAACCUCAACCUAUUAGUAAUGCUACUAAUCAAUCUAAACUUUCCCCAAGUUUAGAUGCACCUUCAGCAUCUGUUAAUGUCAGGGAUGUUAGAAAUCCUCUUAUCCGAGUUGAAGCAAGAGGAGGUGAGAGUAUGACUGACGAUGAACCAACGUAUCUUCAAGCAAACAGAAACUCUUUCUAUAAUCUGCUACCGUAUGGAAAUACCAAUAGAUCUCCUCAGAGAGAAACGAGUCACGGUACAAGGGAUUUCCUUAACGGACUACCUGAUCUCGUUCCUGAUCCAUACUAUAUCCAAGCAGCAUCUUAUAUACAAAGAGUGCAGAUGUACACAUUAAGAUGUGCCGCAGAGGAGAACUGCCUUUCCAGUUCAGCGUACAGCUCGAGGGUGAGGGACCUUGAUUACAGAGUGCUUCUCCGAUUUCCUCAGAGAGUUAAAAAUCAAGGCACAGCUGAUUUUCUCCCUGUGAAACCACAUUAUGAUUGGGAAUGGCACAGCUGCCAUCAGCAUUAUCAUAGCAUGGAUGCCUUCAGCAAUUAUGACCUUCUGGAUGCUGCUACGGGCAGAAAAGUGGCUGAGGGUCAUAAAGCCAGUUUCUGUCUAGAAGAUACCAGCUGUGAUCCAGGAAUGAGGAGAAGAUAUGCAUGCACAGCUCACACACAGGGAUUGGGGCCAGGCUGCUAUGACACCUACAAUGCUAACAUCGACUGCCAAUGGAUUGAUAUUACAGACGUUUCUCCUGGAGAUUAUAUCCUGAAGGUAACGGUAAACCCAGGUUUCCAAGUGCAGGAGUCGGACUUUUCCAAUAACGUUGUUAGAUGUGAUAUCAGAUACACAGGAUUGUACGUCCAAACAAAUAACUGUAGGAUCACCGGAUACUGAUCUACUGUAUUCAACGAAACCUCCAGUGGUGCUGUAAGCUGAAAUCCUCCAAACAUAUUCAGAAUCACAUUGCGAUGGAUUUCUAAAAACAAACCUAAAAGCUGACCUUUCUGCAGUGCAAAAACAAUUCGGUGGACACGUACCAUAAAGGAAAAUUAAUUUAGUGAAAAGUGCUAAACAAGCAAACGAACUGAAUUGAAGCUAUAAGCACACUCAAAAAUGCUAUAUGAUGUAUAGCUUCUUAUUUAUUGACCUCUUAUAAUUUAUACAAAUAUUUUUAUAUACAUUUGAUUUGUUUUCUAGCAUUGCAAAUAAAUAUGUUUUGAUCAAGAAAGUUUUGUUUCAAAAUGACAUAUGCCAUUAAGGUCUGCAUGAAAUCAAAAUUUAUAAUAUUUAUUUCAACACAAUCCCACGGCAAUUCAUAACAUAUUGAUUUAGUGGCUAAUUUGUAUGAAUUCGUACAAUCUCAUUUGUACAAUUUAGUUUGAUUAGCUCAUCCCCCAAUGACGAUUGGGUUUAGGGGCGGGGUUUGGUGUCACGCCUCCUUGUUAAAAGCGUACAUAUUAAUUUGUAUGAAUUUGCCACUAAAUUGACAAAACGUAAAAAGUUACGUGUCCUCGUGGGAUUAGGCUGAUUUAUUUAGCUAUCACACAUUGGUAGUCUUAAAGUAAACAAUUAAUCUGUGCAAUUUCAUCUAGUGAAAAACCAACCAAUUUUGUUUUGGUAAUGGCAAUCCUUCUCUGAUUAUGUCAGUUUGACGGAUUGGGUGAAAUACAGUAUGCUUAGCCAUGCCCCUCCAACAAGUGCACGAAAACGAACCCUGCCCCCUAUUCAGUAUUCUGUUUCAGUUGGAAACACAUCAUCAUAUUGAAAUAGAAGUCUGCAACAACUUCUGGUUCAUUCUGACUUUCUGACUCACCAGAUUUUUUUGUGCUCCAUUAAUUUAGUCAUAAAUAGUAUUUACUGCAAGAGAAUGGUUUUUUUAAAUCCACCGGUUCAUGUAUUCUCCAGAUCUUCUAAAGUAAUUCUGGUCACGGCUCAAAUAAAAAAGGGUCUGCAGGGUAAAAUCAACACAGUCUGACAUCAGAGUCAGGAAAGUUCAGUUUGCUCAAGAUCUCAAACAUGCUGAGAGUGCAACUUAGUUUCGGGAAAACAUUCCCUGCUGUCCAAACAUUUACAGUUACACAAGAAAGAAACAUUUCUGAGGCGCUGUGAACAGAAACACAGUCAUAUGAACACAACUCUUAUGGAGAAAAUGUAGAAGGGUAUUUUAAAAUCUGAGCCAAAUGUGAUGUGAAUAUUAAUUAUCGCACCUGUGUUGUGGAGAAAUUUGAUUCAAAUGUAUUUUGCAUGAUCCAAAAUAAAGAGGAAAACUCACAAGCGGGUUACUGUAAAUCAUAUACAAGAUACUCAUUGAGGAGUGUUAAGGCUUAGGAAAAACUAACAUGCUGAUGGUAAAGGAUGUUUGGAGAAGUGAAAACGAGUGUAAUAAAUGGAGGAUUACUUAAUUGCCCACUUCAGAUUCACAUUGAAUAAUACUAGUGUGUAGAAUAUUAUUAAUUAGAAUAAUAUUAUUAAGUGAGCUUUCUGGUUUCCAAUUUAUAUAAAUGGAAAAAAAUGACCAAGCUCAGAAGUAAAUAUAUUUGUAUAUUUUACCCUAA